AUGUCUCAAGCAUUCGUGAACAGCAAGAUCCAGUCUGGGAGGUUGGUUGUGUUCAUCAAGCCAACCUACCCCUACUGCAGAAGGACUCAGGAACCCCUCAGUCAACUGGCCUUCAAACAAGGGCUUUUGGAAUGUGUCGAUAUCACAGCCAACGGCAACACCACUGAGAUACAAGAUUACUUGCAACAGCUCACAGGAGCCAGAACGGUACCUUGGGUCUUCAUCGGUAAAGAGUGCAUAGAUGGAUGCACUGAUCUAGUAAAUAUUCAUGAGUGA